AUGGAGACUGGUUUAGAAAAUGUAUCAGUCUCACCAACGUGCAAAACAAUCGUGUUGCACCCGAUUUCGAGCCACGCCUUCAAUCUUGAUUCAUUCACGACAGACACGGGCAAGGGGGAAUACCAAACCGUGAAAUUAGAUGCGGCAACCACCGCUACCUUUCUCGAUAACAUACCGGUCGGCGUUUCUGUGCAGGAUGUUGCCUCGAUUGUGGACCCGUCGAGACUAGUAUGUAUGACUUCAGCUGACACGGUGGGUACAGCCACCGACAGUUUACCGGAAUCGACCACUGUUACAGUAUGCGAUGCAAAUACAUCAAGUGCGGAUGCUUUGAACACUGUGAAUGCAGACGCUAUAAAUAGUGUUGUAACAUACAGGGUUACGUCUAUGACUCAUGGCCUGGCAGCGGCCACUGCCACUGAGGGCCUCAGUGCUGUCAGUCACGCCGAUGGUACUAUGUCUUACAGCGUUGGUGAUCAAACUGACAAUACAGAUUUACAUACUACAGCUCAUCAACUGUUAGUUAACCAGGCAACGGUUGUUGACGCUCAAGGUCCCCAUCUGUUUGAAGUGCAAGCCGAAACAGUUAGUAACCAUCUAGACAGUGGUAGUCUUGGUGGUGUACCAAAUCUGAACAGCGCCUCCACUUGUGAUGUUAACAUUAACGACAGUAAUAACGGUCAGGGAAUUGAGGAACCACGGAUAACUGUAACGAAAAGGAAAGGUGGAUGGCCAAAAGGAAAAAAAAGAAAAAAAAGUGCCAAAGAUACAGGAUCCCCCAAAGCGCCAACAACCGCAUAUGUUUUAUAUUUAAAUGAGCAGAGAGUGAAAGUGAAAGAGGAGAAUCCGGAAAUGGCAUUUACAGAAGUCACUAAGCUUUUAGGAAGUCAGUGGUCAUCAAUGUCUGCAGAAGACAAACAGAAAUAUGUAGAAGAAGCUGAAAAUGACAAGAAGCGGUACAUUGAUGAGUUAAAAGCAUAUCAACAGACUGAAGCUUAUCAAGCCUUUUUAAAAAGACAAGCUGCCAAAAAACUAAAUGACGGUUCUAGUAUAGAUUCAGAAGAAGUAGCCAGUAUUUUAGGAGCUUUAGAGGACGAUGAUCCAAACGAUUUGUAUUGUAAGACUUGUAACCAGUAUUUCAGUUCCUUACAUAACAAAAAAGAACAUUUAUAUGGAAGACAACAUCUUCAAACUUUAACUGGUAAAUUAUGUGAGUUUGAGCGGGAAACAUUGGAACUAGAAAAUCAGCAACAUAACAACCCAUCAAUGGAAGACAGCAACACCAUGGACUCACAAGGCGAUCUCAUCACCUCACCAAGUUCCAGUGGAGCAUAUUCACCGCGAGCAAACACACAGAACAUGACAGGACCAGUAGAUUUAGAAAAAUUUAAAAACGAUUUUGUAGAAUUGAACGUAGUCCGAGAAAUGGAAUUGAGAGAACUUAGAAGAUGCUUAUGCUCUUCACAAGAUCAAAAUGAAAUGCUUAACAAACAGUUAGAAGUGUUCAAGGAAAAAACUAAUAAAUUAGAAUGUGAUAUUGAUAAUAUGAAAGCUUAUGGUGCUUCUCUUCAGACUCAGCUUGAUGGACUCAAAAUGGUUCCCACGUUAUUUGGCGUUAUCAACUUCUAGUUAGUUCUACAGUAAAUUGUGGUUUUACCGAUUGCCCAUCCACUAGUGGUUUUUUUACCUACACAGAUACAGUGUUUGUGUCGACAUUCUAGUCUGGAAAGUCAGACGUGCAAGAUGUUUGGUAUAUAUAUGGUGGAAACGUGUAGCCAGAAGUCUGGUGGCAUCACUCAACUUGUUACAAGGAGAAAAGUAAGCUUGAUACUAUGCCAUCUACGAUUAUGUUCAAAGCCUGAGACGUCCUUCUCGACAAUGUAUAGACAAAUUCAACCUUCAAAUUUAUGUUAAUUAAUUAAAUAGAGGCAAUAUGGUUCUUAUUUGCCCAUAUCUGGCAC